CCGUCCAAGACCGACGACGCAUCGCCCGCGUCCGGCGCUUCCAAGCCGGAAGCAGCAGACGACGAUUGCGAUGCCCGGAAGAGAGAACCGACGUCCCUGGUCGCGUCGAAGAAGACCGACGAGAACCCGGAGAUCAGCUCUCCGAGGAUCUCGUCGACGGUGGACUCCCCGACGGAGAAGGCAGACCCCGCUCCCGCGAUCGAAGAACCGGAAGCGAAGGCCCAGCAAGUCCCCGUGAUCCAGCACAAUCCCUUCCCCCCUUGCUACGACUCGGACUCGGACGAACCCCUGGACCUCCGACCGAGCAAUCACAGGACGGAGACGGACGACCGGCGCUGUGGGUUCCAGGCCCCGAAACCAAAGAGACGCUCCGACCCGGGUCCACUGCCUCCGUUCUCGGACACCCUGCGAAGCAUCUACGGAGUCCGGGGAAAGGAACCGCAGCAGCCUCUAGUCCUGAAGAGAUCCGCGUCUCCGCCUCUCGAAGACGACCACGAUCUUCCGCCGAAGGUGAGGUUCGGCCCGUACUCGGAGCAUCCGGGUCCGCCACCGCAAGACCGCGGCUUCCCCAUCAACUACAUGAAGAAACUGACCAUCUCGGAACCGGAAGCGGGUCCACCUUCGCCCUCGCCGGGUCGAGGGAUUUCCGGUCCCAUGGAACCCGACGUGGGUCCCCCGCAGCCAGAGAGCUUGAAGAACGCGAUCGGGAGACCCACGCUGCAGGGAGUUCCGCCCAUUCCAGGCCUCUUCGGCGGGCUGAGACGAAGAUCCAGCGUGGAACUGCCGAAACUGUACGAGGCGAUCCGGCGAGCCCAGGAAGAGAAACGAAAAUGGAUCCGACCGCCCGGCCACAAGACCGGGAAAAACGUGUUCGAAGGCCUCGGAGACGCCCCGAGAGCGAAAGGACGAACGGACAUGAGCGGGGGCGGAUGGUCGGGAUUCAACGGCUUCGGCGGUAGUCCCGACCCCGGCGACCCAUUCGGCGGAUGGCCGAGUCAACUGCCCUUCCCGGACGACGACCUGUUGGGUUCGCUGACGCUUCAGUUACCGAACGGCGGGUCCGGAUACGGUUCCCAUUCCGAAGGAAGCCCCUUACAAGCAUGCCAACCGUUCGAUCUGCCGCCGGCCCAGCCGACGCCGGCGAUGGAGGUUCCGGCCGCCAACAUCCCCGUGUUGCCGCCCUUGAAGCCACCGGACGUGAGCUCCAGCCUGACCGCUCUCCAACCCGUGACCUCGGUUCCCCCCAUGACCCCCGUCAGCCCCCUGCCCGCCCAGCCCAUGCCCCAGCAUCCGUCCCCGCAGAACCCCCCCUCCCACACCCCCCACCAGCAGCAGCAGCCCCACCAGAGCCACCAGACCCAGGCCAAACACGAGGACUUCGGCGACCCGCUGUCGCCUCAAGUGAGCUCCACGACUUCCAUGGAUGUGACUUCCAGCAAGGACAUGAGAAACGUCCCUUCGCUCUCCGUCCGCGUCUCCAUCCUUCAACAACGGUUCGGUAAUUUAGUGGAUUCUUCAAUAAAUGACGUUGACGCGUUCCAGCUUGGGAUCCCCCCGAACGUGCCUCUGGAAUUCGUGAACGGUGGGCACGGGAUCAAGAACCCGCUGAUGCCCCCCGAGAAAGGCGAGAUGGAGAAGAUGCCGCCCGUCGUCUGCGACGCCGACCCGAGCAAGUACGUCUGCCGGCUCUGCUCCAAGGUCUUCAGUCUCCAGAGACUCCUGAACCGGCACAUGAAGUGCCACUCGGACGUGAAGAGGUACCUCUGCACCUUCUGCGGCAAGGGAUUCAACGACACCUUCGACCUGAAACGUCACACCAGGACCCAUACAGGUGUGAGACCUUACAAGUGCGGCCUGUGCGAGAAGUCCUUCACGCAGCGCUGUUCUCUCGAGUCCCACUGCCUCAAAGUCCACGGCGUCCAGCACAACUACGCCUACAAGGAGAGGAGGAAUAAGGUGUACGUGUGCGAAGAAUGCGGACACACGACCCAGGAGCCCGAGGUUCAUUACGUGCAUUUGAAGGACAAUCACCCGUAUUCUCCGGCCCUCCUCAAGUUCUACGACAAGCGACAUUUCAAAUUCACCAACGGCAACUUCAGCAACAUUCUACUCCAAGUCCGGUCGUAGCAGACGGAAGUGGGGAGAGACGAUCGUCGGUGGGUGAAAUAAGAGAGAGGACAAUACGCUGACUAUUUUUCGUGUGUCGUCUUCGGUCCCUUGUCCGCAUUAUAAAAUGAACCUGAUCUCAGACUGUGAUCCCGGAAAAAGCCAAACUUGCUUUACGGAACGUAAAAGAAAAAUUUGGCGGCUUUAUGGAAGUAACCUUGCACUCCUUAACGGAGGGAGGAACUUAGAAAAAAGAAAAGUGUUGCAUCUAUGGCAUUAUGAAAUCAUUUGCACCCUGUCCCUUCUCACGUUGUUCUGGGUCGACUGGUUCUCUCGCAUGGGAAUUCUUUUUUGUUCUUGUUCUGAAAGAUGUACAGAAAGUACAGAGAUCCCCAUUAUUAUUAUUUCCAGUGAAUAGAUAGUACAAAUCUGUUCUGAUUGUACAUACAUACGGGUGGAGUGGAUGGGCAGUUUCUCUCCCCUUUUCCGGGCUAAUAGCAUUCAUCCAACAUGCAUGCUGUUAUUUGUGAUUCUCUCCCCCCCCCCCCCCUCCCUCCCC